AUGUCCUUCGAGAACAAAGCACCCACUCCACUGGAAAACAGGGUCCGUGUCCUGAAUAAGACCGCGGGUGUUGGAAGAGCUGCAAAAACUUUGGCUAUUGCCUUCAGUGACUCUCCCGCUUUCCAUUACAUCGCAAAGAAAUUCGAGAACAUUCCCUUCACAGAGAACGUAUCUACGGAGACAAUUACAGCCAACAUCAUAUCGCCCUAUCUGAACAUGCCCUAUGGUGAAGUCUCCGAAGUUAACGAUUUCGACGCUGUUGCAGUGUGGAGUCUACCACCCCACGGCCCCAAAGCAAGAAGCAACGAUUCUAAGUUUAACAAGGACUUCAUCGACGACUUGAAUGAGCGCAAAAAGCAAGUCAUCCCAGAAAAUAUCAACUACUAUUAUCUUUUCUGUAUUGGUAAGAAUCUGAAUGAAAAAAACAUCAGAGGUUCCGUAAGAGCCAUUUUUGAGGAAUACAAGAGAAGAGCCGACAAAGAAAAUUGUGCCAUUGUCCUGGAGGCAAUUGCCGAACACGCUAGAUCCGUUUAUGAAUACUUCGGGUUUAGAAAUUACAAGACUUUCAAAUACGGUGAGGGCGAAGUCGAUUCCAGAGGUAAUUAUGAUCCAAACGGUGAGGGCUUUACCAGCUAUUUGAUGAUCUAUCAUAAGGAUGGCAAUAAAGUUUUAAGAGAAAAAUGCUAG